AUGGAGCGCAGGGCUAAGAUAGUAAUACUGGGAAGCUGCAGUUCAGGGAAAACAAGCCUAGCCAAGAAGUAUAUCAGUGGGGGCUUUGAUCCAAACCAAGCUGCAACAAUUGGGGCUGCAUUUCAAACAAAAGAGAUCCAGAGGGAUGGACAGACAUUUCAUCUGGACCUUUGGGACACAGCAGGCCAGGAGAGAUAUGGGGCAAUUGCACCGUUGUAUUAUAGGGAUGCAAAUACAGUACUUGUAGUAUAUGAUAUAACAGAUAGACUUAGCAUAAAAAUAGCACAGCAAUGGUGCUCUGAGGUCAGAACCAAAAACAAAACAGCCUCUCUUGUUGUUUUUGGGAACAAAACAGAUCUUUUAUUCAAACCCACAGAGUCAGCAUCCUUCCUGAACAAAGGCUUCCCAGAUCCAGGGAUGGUCCAAAGGCUCAAGGAAAUAUCAGAAGUAACAAACGAAUAUUUCACGGAGUACGAGAUGCAUCACUUCUCAGGGUCAGCAAAAACAGGAGAAGGAAUAAGUUCUUUAUUUAAGCAUAUUUCAAAUAACACGUCAUACACUGAAAGGGUUGUAGUGCAGCCAUCUGCUUGGUGCUGCAUAGACAUCUAA